AUGCAUCUCGGCCCAAAGUAUGACGGGCAAAGGACACGGCCGCUGUUGGUCGAGAACAAAAGAUUAUACGUCGAUGAGCAUUACAUCUCAGUGUGGUCUCCAGUACUAAGAGCUUGGUGUGUAGAAUGUCCAGAUCGUGAGUUGAUUCUGGCGAAUGUGCAGUACGACCACGUAGUGGAGAUGCUGGAAUGUAUUCAUCCCACCUACAAAUCAGUAGACGAUCAAUCCGUGCACAUUUUGCUGCCUCUGGCAUACGAUUACCAGAUGGAUGGACUGCUUCAUCGCUGCGAAUGCUUCCUCAUCAGCCACAACUUGCCUUUCUUAGAAAAAGUUUGGAUAGCGGAUAGAUACAAGUUGAAUAGAUUGCUGAUCUUGUGUCUACGUGAAAUGAGGCCGAACAGCAAAGUUGACCUCACUGGGUCGCGCUAUUAUGCACUUAGUGAUAGAGUAAAGGUCCUUCUUUUGGAGCGACUUCAUGGUGCUCCUGCUCCAGAGGAGAUCGCCGAGCCGCCAUUGGACAUGGAAAUGUUUCAGAGGCAAACAGACCUGUUUUUUACGGCCGUUCGAGCUAAAGCUGGUCGUAUUUACUACGUUAAUCCGUACUACAUGGCUGCCUGGUCGAAUGUUUUCCAGGAACGUAUCUACUGUUCGUCAUCGGGCGUAGAGGAAAUUUUUUGUCCAUGUUCUCAUGAAGAGUUGAAAGCGUUCCUCAUGGCCGUCCACCCACCUCAACUUCGCCUUAACGAGCAAAAUAUCGGUCCUGUAUUGAUGUCUGCGUGUAAAAUGGAAUCACCAGCAUUAUUGAAGAAAUGCGCAAUGAUGCUUCUCGCACAACACACACAACUAUCAGUUUUUGUUCGCCUGUCGCUGCUUGAUCGCUGCUACUUACACGAGAUGGUCCCACAGUGUCUCCUCAUGGUUCAUCGUCCUGAACAUUUAAUUCAAAUGACUCAGCAGAGCACAUACGAUUGCCUUUCAACACGGGCGCGGGCUGCGAUGUUGGAUCGCCUUGCCGUCCUUCUCGAUAACCCCGGCCUACAACCUCAUCAUUGUGCAAGGUGCAAAGCACAUUCCAAUUGUGCGUCAGUUACGUGGAUGUGUCCGCAGUGUAAGACGUAUUCGACUGAUCCUAACCUCCUCCGACACCCUCAACAUCAGCAACCACCAGCUCGAUAG